CAACAUCAACGAGAAGCCGACUUCGGCGAUGGAAAUCGAGACUCACCAUGCUGAGUCGGGCUACGGUUUCGACGAAAAGGGCGGCUUGGAUAGAGCGGGUGCUAUCGAUGCCGAGAAUAUCGAGCAUAACAUGACGGUCUUGCAGGCCAUCAAGGCUUAUCCUGCUGCCAGUUGGUGGGCCUUUGUCAUGUCGUCCACCAUUAUCAUGGAAUCUUACUGUGUCUUCCUGAUGGGACAAUUCAUCGCCACGAAGCAAUUUGCCAGAGACUUUGGCGUCCUCAGCCCUGUCAGUGGCGACUAUAUCAUCGAGGCCUCCUGGCAAUCGGCCUUUCAAUGUGCUGGCCCGGUCGGCGCUUUCAUUGGUUGCUUCCUCGCCGGUCCCAUCACCUCCGCAAUUGGCUACCGCUGGGCGACCAUUGGCGCUCUUAUGUUUUUGAACGGCUUCAUCUUCGUCUUCUACUUCGGCAACAGCCAGGGCAUGUUCCUUGCCUCUCAGAUCUUGGAAGGCAUCCCAUGGGGUGUUUUCAUCGCCAACGCUCCUGCUUAUUGCGCCGAGAUCGUGCCAAUGAGACUGAGAGCGCCUGCGACCCAGAUGUUGCAGAUGUUCUGGGCAAUCGGUUCCAUCAUCGUUGGUGGUAUCACUUAUCACUUCCAGUCCAAGGACAACGCCUCUGCUUACAGAGUUCCCAUCGCACUCCAGUGGAUGUUCCCAACUCCUCUCGCUAUUCUCCUUUUCCUAGCACCUGAAUCACCUUGGUGGCUUGUAAGAAAGGGAAAGCUGGCUCAGGCAGAGAAGGCUAUUAUGCGUCUUGGUCGCAAGNGUGCAGGCGACAACCCCAAGGACCAAGUAUCCAUGAUGCGUCGUACCAUUGAUCUCGAGAAGACGGCCAAGAAGCCCAGUCUUAUUGAGUUGUGGAAGGGCACCGAUCGCUACCGCACGUUGAUCGUGUGCGGUGUGUAUGCGUCUCAAAAUCUGACGGGUAACCUGAUUGCCAACCAGGCUGUCUAUUUCUUCAAGCAGGCUGGUAUGGCAGACAACACUGCCUUUGCACUCGGCCUCAUCACCUCUGCCCUCCAAUGGAUCAUGGUCAUCAUCUCCUGGGUCCUGACCACCUACUUGGGCCGCCGCACCAUCUAUGUGUACGGCCAAGCUAUCGCCACUUGCUUCUUAGUCGCGCUUGGUAUCGCCGCCUCUGUUGGUACCAGCAAAGCAGCCUCCAACGCACAAGCCUCCCUUGGCCUUCUCGUCUCCGUCCUCUUCUGUCUAGGUCCCGCCCCUACCUCCUACGCCAUCAUCGGCGAAACCUCUUCCGUGCGCCUGAGACCAUUGACCACCGGUGUCGGACGUGCCGCAUACUACUUGGUCAACAUUCCUUGCAUCUUCCUUGCGAGUUACAUGCUCAACACCGACAAGUGGAACCUCGGAGGCAAGAGUGGCUACAUCUGGGCUGGUACUGCGUUGAUCUGCACCGUCAUGAGCUGGAUCUGGAUCCCUGAGAUGAAGGACAGAUCUUUCCGUGAGAUUGACAUUUUGUUCACUCGCAGGGUCAAUGCGCGCAAGUGGCCCCAGACGGUUGUCGAUGUCCAGGAUGAUGAGACUUUUGACCAGCCGGGAAAUAAGUUCUGGCCAGCAAAGAUUCGCCGCAUUCUCGUGCCUGCCGCUUUCGUCGCCAGCAUCACAUUCCACCGCUUGCAUCGCUCUUCUCUGUUUUGCCUCUGUCGCUUGCUUCCUCAGAGUUUGAUCAUUGACAAGCAAGUUCUUCCGCGGAUGGUGGUGCCGUACAUGUACCAGACUUGUGAACAGUACAAGAGUACCGCGUGCAAGUACGAAGAUGCGAAGGAUGUCUCAAGUGCCAAAGGCCUAUUCAGCCUAAAUAGCCGUCCUCCAUCACGCUUAUCGAAGAUGGCUCCACCUACCAUCCGCGGCACGGCUGAUGUCGACCGCAUCGAGGCUCCAGUCACCUUCAAGGCCUACCUGAUGUGUGCCUUUGCCUCGUUCGGAGGUAUCUACUUUGGUUAUGAUGUCGGCUGGAUCAGGUCAGUUUCUCACAUGCUUUGCGGCUUUCCCAAGAGGCUGACAAUGAAUCAANGCGGUGUUAUGGGCAUGAAGUAUGCCAUUCACACCUUUACUGGUCUCCCUUACGACACUCCCAAGGACGACUUUGUGGUCGGAGCUAGUGACAAGGCCCUAGUCACGUCUAUCUUGUCCGCUGGAACCUUCUUUGGUGCUCUGAUUGCAGGUGAUCUCGCCGACUUCUUCGGUCGUCGCACCACCAUCAUGAUUGGCUGCUUGAUCUUCUCCAUCGGAGUCAUCAUGGAGAUCAUCUCAACUACCAUCAGCCUCAUGGCCGCUGGUCGCUUCAUUGCCGGACUCGGUGUCGGCUUCGAGUCUGCUGUCGUCAUUCUCUACAUGUCUGAGAUCUGUCCUCGAAAGGUCCGUGGCGCCCUGAUUGCUUGCUAUCAAUUCUGCAUCACGAUCGGUAUCCUGCUUGCUUCAGUCGUCGUCUAUGCCACCCAGGACCGUAUGGACAGUGGGUCUUACCGUAUUCCUGUGGCCGUUCAGCUCGCCUGGGCUCUCAUCCUGGGGGUCGGUAUUGCCUUCCUGCCCGAGUCGCCGCGCUACUUUGUCAAGAAGGGUCAACACGAAAAGGCAGCCGCCGCUCUUGCUUCGGUCCGUGGUCAGCCCAUCGACUCACAAUUUGUCACUCAAGAGCUGGCCGAGAUCAUUGCCAACCACGAGUACGAGCUCUCUGUCAUUCCCCAAGGCAGCUAUUUCUCGUCUUGGGCCAACUGCUUCAAGGGUUCGCUGUGGAAGGCCAACAGCAAUUUGCGUCGUACCAUCCUCGGCACUUCUCUCCAGAUGAUGCAGCAGUGGACCGGUGUCAACUUCAUCUUCUUCUUCGGUACCACCUUCUUCCAGCAGCUCGGCACCAUCUCCAACCCCUUCCUCAUCGGUCUCAUCACCACCCUCGUCAAUGUGCUGUCCACUCCCAUCUCUUUCUGGACGAUUGAAAGAUUCGGCAGACGUCCUCUUCUCAUCUGGGGUGCUCUCGGCAUGCUCACCUGUCAAUUCCUCACUGCUAUCAUGGGUACUGCCAUCUCCACCGAAAACCAGGCAGCCACAAAGGCUCAGAUCGCUUUCAUCUGCUUGGCCAUCUCCUUUNUCGCAUCCACCUGGGGUCCUGGAGCUUGGGUUCUGAUCGGUGAGAUCUUCNCCUUGCCCAUCCGCUCUCGCGGCGUUGGUCUCUCGACCGCAAGCAACUGGCUCUGGAACACCAUCAUCGCCGUCAUCACGCCGUUUAUGGUUGGUAAGGACAAGGGUAACCUCGGUCCCAAGGUCUUCUUCGUCUGGGGAACUCUCUGCACCUGUGCUUGCAUUUAUGCCUACUUCCUCGUACCUGAGACCAAGGGAUUGUCGCUUGAGCAAGUUGACAAGAUGCUCGAAGAGGUUACUCCUCGCAACUCUGCUGGUUGGAAGCCUACCACUACUUUUGCCAAUGAGAUGGGCAUGACCAAGGAGGCUGGUGUCACUCAUGAGGAGGUCCACAUUGAUGUCGAGAAGAGAGCUGGUUCUCAG